AUGCCUCAGCCUGGCGCCUGCACCAUCAGCCCUCAGUGCGCCAUGCUCCCAGGGAGGGGGCAGAGCGACAGGAGGGGCUGGGGACACCUCCUUUGGGAAGCCUUCUCGGAUGCUCGCGCCCCCUCGCAUUCCCCCAGCUUCUUCCACCACGGCCCGAAUCCCACGAAUCCAGCUCAGGCCUCCUUCCCGGUCCGGAUUGCGAAUCCCGGGAGGGGGAAGGCCGGCUCGGAUUCCUCCCUCGGCAUCCCUGCGGCGCCCGGCCCGGCGCUGGGCACCCUGUGGGCACUCGGCCCCAACGCGUACCACUCUGGGGCUCCCGAGGCGGCCUCUCGUGCGAUCAAGGGCUCGCAGGGCCGGGAGAGCGACCCGGGGUCCCUGCUCUCCGCGAUCGGAGUUCGGAAGAGGGUGGGUCGCCUCCGCCCGAGGGCCAGAGCGCGAGAGGAGCGGGAAGAAGGAGCGCUCGCCCGCCCGCCCGCCGUCUCGCCGCCUCCCCGGCGCUCGCUCUCCGGGCUCCUAGGUUUGCUGGCUGCUCCUCCCACCCGCGCCCGCCUCCUUGCUCGCUUGCUCGCUCGUUCGAGCCGGUUUCCAAGCCCUGCGGUGCGCCAGGGCGAGUGCGGGGCGAGGGGCCCCGGGGCCAGCGCAGAGCCGGGGGGCGGUGGUCCGGGCAGAGAGCAGCGGGCCGGGGAGGGGCCAUGUCCGGCGCGGGCGCCGCGGGGCCCGUCUGCAGCAAGUGACCGAGCGGCGUGGACGGCUGCCUGCCCCCCUCCGCCACCUGGGCCGGCGCGGGCCCUGGGGCCGGGUGCCUGGAGCCCGGGUCGCGCGUAG